AAUAUUUCUCUGUGACUUUAAAGAAGACAGUUACCGACCAGAUCCCCAAACAAGCUGGAGAAAUAGCUUCCAUGGCCUUGCUGUGAAGGUGAGACAGGGCCCAUCGAGCUAAUACUGAGAUCAGGAUCAAUACACACUUAGUGUGUGACAUAGUGAAAGGAAACUUUUUCUCCCUUUGAACUUCUCUAAAUAGUCAUUUUGCCUCCCCUUGGGGAUCACUGCUCAGCUCAAUGGCCUUUCAGGACCUCCUGGAUCAAGUUGGAGGCCUGGGGAGAUUCCAGAUCCUUCAGAUGGUUUUCCUUUGUAUCUCCAGCCUCAUAGUGUACCCUCAUAUUCUAUUGGAGAACUUCACUGCAGCUGUUCCUGGUCAUCGCUGCUGGGUUCACAUCCUUGACAAUGACACUGACUCUGCUAAUGGCACUGGGACCCUCAGCGAAGACACCCUCCUGAGAAUCUCCAUCCCACUGGACUCAAACCUGAGGCCAGAGAAGUGUCGUCGCUUCCUCCUCCCCCAGUGGCAGCUCCUUCACCUGAACGGGACCUUCCCCAACAUGAGUGAUCUGGACACAGAACCCUGUGUGGAUGGCUGGGUGUAUGACCAAAGCUCCUUCUCCUCCACUGUCGUGACUGAGUGGGACCUGGUAUGUGAAUCUCAGUCACUAAAAUCAAUGGCCAAAUUCUUAUUCAUGGCUGGAAUGCUGGUGGGAAGCAUCAUAUAUGGCCAUUUAUCAGACAGGUUUGGGAGGAGGUUAAUGCUCAGAUGGUGUUUGCUCCAGCUCGCCAUUACUGACACCUGUGCAGCCUUUGCUCCCACCUUCCUCAUUUACUGCUCCCUACGCUUCUUGGCUGGGUUUUCUACCAUGAGCAUCCUGACAAAUAUUUCUGUGCUUAUUGUAGAAUGGACAGGGCCCCAAUUCCAAGUCAUGGGAAUGACCAUGUCAAUCUGUGCUGCUUGCAUGGGACAGAUCGCCCUAGGAGGAAUAGCUUUUGCCAUUCGAGACUGGCACACCCUUCACCUGGUGUUUUCUGUACCAUUAUUUGUCUUCUUUCUUUCCUCAAGGUGGCUGGCGGAGUCUGCUCGGUGGUUAAUGAUCACCAACAAACCCGAGGAGGGCUUAAAGGAACUCAGAAAAGCUGCUCACAAGAAUGGAAGGAAGAAUGCUGGAGACGCUCUAACCAUGGAGGUCGUGAGAUCCAUCCUGCAGGAAGAGCUGGAGGCCGCACAGACCAAACCUUCUGUGUUUGACUUGUUCCGCACACCCAACCUGCGUAAGAGCGUCUGUCUCCUGUCCUUUGUGAGAUUUGCAAACUUCAUGUCCUUUUUUGGCCUGAUUCUCCACCUCCAGUACAUAGGGAGCAAUGUUUUCCUGUUCCAGGUUCUUUUUGGUGCAGUCAACCUCCCAGCCAAUUAUGUUGCAUUUUUGGCACUGAAUCACCUGGGCCGUCAAGUAAGCCAGACGCUCUUCAUGUUUCUCCUUGGAGUCUCCAUUCUGGCCAUCACAUUUGUGCCUCAAGAAAUACAGACCUUGCGUGUGGCUUUGUCAACUUUGGGAAUAGCAGUUUCUUCUAUGGCUCUCAUGUGUUCUUUUGCCCAUGGAAAUGAACUAGUCCCCACCAUUGUCAGGGUAACAGCCUCAGGAUUCAUGGGAAUUGCUUCUAAUAUUGGGGCAGCCCUGGCUCCCCUCUUGAUGAUCCUAACAGUAUAUUCUCCCCACCUACCCUGGAUCAUCUAUGGAGUCUGCUCCAUCCUCGCUGGCCUUGUUGUUCCACUCCUUCCUGAAACCAGGAAUAAGCCUCUGCCUGACUCCAUCCAGGAUGUGGAAAAGGAGAGAAAAGGCUCAAGAAAAGCAAAGCAGGAAGAUACUUCCAUAAAAGUGACACAGUUUUAAAGGAUUCCAGGAACUAACUGCUAAUCAAAGAGCAAGAUAAACAAG